UUAAAUAUCAUCGAUAUAUUUUAUUUGAAGUUCGUCCAUCGCUAUUUACACCGAUACUUAAUUUCGCAAGGGAAUAUAAUUGUUUUUGUUCGACUUUAUGUUAGGAAUUCAACUUAUCUAACGUAGAUAGCCAACUUGUGAAUACUUAAUGAUAAGUUAAAUUUCUAGAUAGAUUCAUUUUUUGUUUGCUUUCCGUGUUGACAUCGUCAACUUUCGAUUUUGAACCAUGAAGACACGUUUCAAUACCUUCGAUAUAAUCUGCGGAGUGGCUGAACUGCAAAAGCUGGUCGGCUGGCGAGUGAAUCAGAUCUAUGACGUGGAUAACAAGACGUAUCUCUUCCGGAUGCAAGGGACCGGUGCGGUGGAGAAGGUCACUCUGCUGAUAGAAUCUGGCACUAGAUUCCAUACCACUAGGUUCGAAUGGCCCAAAAACAUGGCCCCGUCUGGUUUCAGCAUGAAGUUGAGGAAGCACUUAAAGAACAAGCGCUUGGAAAGGAUUCAACAGCUGGGCAGCGAUCGUAUUGUUGACUUCCAGUUUGGUACCGGCGAUGCCGCCUACCAUGUUAUUUUGGAGCUCUACGAUCGCGGUAAUGUUAUCCUCACCGACUACGAGUUGACCACGUUAUAUAUUCUGCGUCCGCAUACGGAGGGCGAGAAUCUGCGCUUCGCUAUGCGCGAAAAAUAUCCCGUGGAACGGGCCAAACAGCCCACGAAAGAACUGGAACCGGAGGCUCUAGUUAAACUGUUGGAAAAUGCUAGGAAUGGCGAUUAUUUGCGACAGAUUCUAACACCCAACUUGGACUGUGGUCCGGCAGUUAUAGAGCAUGUUCUCCUCUCACAUGGUUUGGACAAUCACGUGAUCAAAAAGGAAGCAACAGAAGAAACACCGGAGGCGGAUGACAAGCCGGAGAAAGGCGGUAAAAAGCAACGUAAGAAGCAACAGAAUACGAAACUGGAACAGAAGCCAUUUGAUAUGAUUAAAGACCUGCCAAUUCUUCAGCAGGCAGUAAAGGAUGCUCAAGAGCUUAUUACUGAGGGAAGUAGUGGAAAAAGUAAAGGCUACAUCAUUCAAGUGAAAGAAGAAAAGCCUACGGAGAAUGGAAAAGUGGAAUUUUUCUUUAAAAACAUCGAAUUUCAUCCCUACCUCUUUAUCCAAUUCAAGAACUUUGAAAAGGCCACAUUUGAGUCCUUUAUGGAUGCUGUUGAUGAAUUUUACUCUACGCAAGAGUCACAAAAGAUUGACAUAAAGACGCUGCAACAAGAACGUGAGGCACUAAAAAAGCUGUCUAAUGUCAAGAAUGACCACGCAAAGCGCCUAGAGGAGUUGACAAAAGUCCAGGAUGUGGACAGAAAGAAAGCAGAGCUUAUUACGUCCAAUCAAAGUCUGGUUGAUAAUGCGAUUCGGGCUGUUCAGUCAGCUAUCGCCAGUCAAUUAUCCUGGCCGGAUAUUCAUGAGCUUGUAAAGGAGGCACAGGCUAAUGGCGAUGCGGUAGCAAGUUCCAUAAAGCAACUUAAGCUGGAGACUAAUCAUAUAUCACUUAUGCUCAGUGACCCUUAUGACAAUGAUGAAGAUGACGAUCUUAAAGCUCCAGAGCUUACUGUGGUGGAUGUCGAUUUGGCUCUGUCUGCUUGGGCCAAUGCCCGGCGCUAUUACGACAUGAAACGUUCGGCUGCUCAAAAGGAAAAGAAAACUGUGGAUGCUUCCCAAAAAGCUCUUAAGUCAGCGGAGCGAAAGACUCAGCAGACACUCAAGGAAGUACGGACUAUAUCCAACAUAGUUAAGGCACGGAAAGUUUUCUGGUUUGAAAAGUUUUACUGGUUCAUCAGCUCUGAAAAUUAUUUGGUUAUUGGAGGAAGAGAUGCACAGCAGAACGAACUUAUUGUAAAGAGAUAUAUGCGCCCGAAAGACAUCUAUGUCCACGCUGAGAUUCAAGGUGCCUCGAGUGUUAUAAUUCAAAAUCCCACUGGAGAAGAAAUACCUCCGAAAACGUUGCUGGAGGCUGGAUCCAUGGCUAUUUCAUACAGUGUUGCUUGGGAUGCCAAAGUGGUUACCAACUCGUACUGGGUAACAAGCGAUCAGGUCAGCAAAACUGCACCAACUGGAGAGUACUUGGCAACGGGAAGCUUUAUGAUCAGAGGAAAGAAGAACUUCCUACCCUCCUGCCACCUGACCAUGGGUCUAAGUUUACUUUUUAAGUUGGAGGAUAGCUUUAUUGAGCGUCAUUUGGGAGAGCGUAAAGUCCGAAACCUGGAUGAUGAUCAAAUAGAUCCAAAUGUUAAAGAAACUGAAGUUGAACAUGACCUUUUGUCAGAUAAUGAAGACGCUGAUGCAAAUCUUAAUGGAAAUCUAUCGGAACCAAGUUCCAAUACCGAAAUUACAGCUUUCCCCAAUACAGAAGUUAAGAUUGAGCACGAUACUGGUCGCAUUAUAGUCAGAUCCGACUCCCUAAAUCCAGAGCUCGAAGCGACUAAAGAGAAUGAAGUUGUCAUAGAAAAAAUUGUGAAAAAACCCGACGACGAAGAAACGACCAUUAUUUUGGCUGGUCCAAGUCGCAAGAAGCAAGUAAGUGCCAAAAAGACCAAGGAAGACAAGGCACGGGCGAAACAGGAGGCUGCCAAACAGGAAGUCGCUCCUGUGAGUACCGAACCCAAAAAUCCAUCCCAAGUUAAGAGAGGUCAGAAGGGAAAACUGAAGAAAAUGAAGCAGAAAUACAAAGAUCAAGAUGAUGAGGAGCGGGAAAUUCGUAUGAUGAUUCUCAAGUCAUCGGGUAAAGAAAAGCCACAGGCCAGCGCCGAUAAAGUGGUGGAAAAAAGUGAGUCAACUAAGGAGUACGUAAAGCCAGAGAAAAGUGCAGCUCCCAAAAACCCAGUCGAACUGGACGAUGCUGAUGAUGUGCCUGUCGGUGGAGAUGUGGACGUACUCAAUAGUCUGACUGGACAGCCCCACGAAGGAGAUGAGCUGCUGUUCGCGAUUCCAGUUGUGGCGCCCUAUCAGGCUUUGCAAAACUACAAGUUUAAAGUAAAGCUCACCCCAGGAACGGGAAAGAGAGGAAAGGCGGCGAAACUAGCACUUAAUAUCUUCGCAAAGGAAAAAGGCUGCAGUGCUCGUGAGAAGGACUUGCUGAAGAGUAUAAAGGAGGAGUCGUUGGCCAGGAAUAUCCCAGGAAAGGUCAAGCUGUCGGCCCCACAACUUCAGAAGUAUCACAAAUAAGUAAAUCAAAAAUAAGUAGAUAUGCAAAAUGUUGAGCCAUAACUUAAGGAAGUGUUAAAAAUGCUUUAAAAAAGUAAUGCCAGUUGAUGAAAAUAAAAGAGAAUGUAUACAGAA